GAUUAAUGUAUUGAUCUGGCUAGCGUAUUGAGACGGAUGAGAAUGUGAAGAAGCCUGAUCAGAUGAAGCUGUCCGUGAGCAGCGAGGAGGAGAGAGAGGCCAUCGCCCAGUUAGAGGAGGCUAUCGCUGCAGACCACGUUACACCAGAGCGGUUACGGAUGUCUCCCCGGAUAUUCGAGAAGGACGAUGACCUCAACGGUCACAUGGACUUCGUGGCGGCGGCCUCCUCCCUCAGGGCCAGGAUGUACUCCAUCGAGGUGGCCGACCGCCUCAAGACCAAACGCAUCGCCGGGAAGAUCAUCCCCGCCAUCGCCACGGCUACUGCUGCCGUCGCCGGGCUGGUGUCGUUGGAGCUGGUGAAGGUGGUGGGAGGAUACGGGUUUGAGUCGUUCAACAACUGUUUCUUCAACCUGGCCAUUCCUGUCAUGGUCCUCACCGAGGCUGCACCUGUCAAGAGGACACAGAUCAGGGAAGACAUCUCUUUCUCUAUCUGGGACCGCUGGACUGUGUGGGGUGACCAACACUUCUCUCUCUCUGACUUCAUCAAGGCAGUGCUGGUGAAUUAUGGGAUAGAACCUACCAUGGUGGUCCAUGGCGUGAAGAUGCUCUAUGUUCCUGUGAUGCCUGGACACAACAAGAGACUAAAACUAACGAUGCAGAAGUUGAUCAAGCCGUCUGUAGACCGUCGCUACGUCGACCUGACCGUGUCCUUCGCUCCUGAGUCAGACGGUGAUGAGGACCUUCCUGGACCCCCGUUAGGUACUACUUCAGCCCCGACGGAGACGCUCACAGCGCCUGACACGCCCGGACCAUAACCCCCCUCAGUCCCCUCAAACUAACCCCCCCUCAGUCCCCACAAACUAACCAAAUAUACCACCCCUCAGUCCCCUCAAACUAACCCCCCUGUACCUGCAAAACCCCAGUUGACAACAGUGGUGCUUCUUGAACAGGGGUGGAUUCUAGAACAGGGGUGGAUUCUAGAACAGGGGUGGAUUCUAGAACAGGGGUGGAUUCUAGAACAGGGGUGGAUUCUAGAACAGGGGUGGAUUCUAGAACAGGGGUGGAUUCUAGAACAGGGGUGGAAUCUAGAAUAUAUGUUGUUUCUAGAAUAUAUGUUGUUUCUAGAAUAUAUGUUGAUUCUAGAAUAUAUGUUGUUUCUAGAAUAUAUGUUGUUUCUAGAAUAUAUGUUGUUUCUAGAAUAUAUGUUGAUUCUAGAAUAUAUGUUGAUUCUAGAAUAUAUGUUGAUUCUAGAAUAUAUGUUGAUUCUAGAAUAUAUGUUGAUUCUGGAAUAUAUGUAGAUUCUAGAAUAUAUGUUGUUUCUAGAAUAUAUGUUGAUUCUAGAAUAUAUGUUGAUUCUAGAAUAUAUGUUGUUUCUAGAAUAUAUGUUGAUUCUAGAAUAUAUGUUGUUUCUAGAAUAUAUGUUGUUUCUAGAAUAUAUGUUGUUUCUAGAAUAUAUGUUGAUUCUAGAAUAUAUGUUGUUUCUAGACUAUAUGUUGAUUCUAGAACAGAUGGUGAUUCUAGAAUAUAUGUUGAUUCUAGAACAGAUGGUGAUUCUAGAAUAUAUGUUGAUUCUAGAACAGAUGGUGAUUCUAGAAUGGGGGGAUUCUAGAACAGGGCUGGCCCCAUGGACCAUUAUUAGAGAAAGAGCAUAGAGGUAGAAAGAGGGCUCUAGAUGGAUAUAACCUGGUUUGAUGAGUUCUCUUUCUACCUCUAUGAGAAGAGGGUUGCAAUUGACUGUGUACAUAGUAGUCCCUCUGUGUUUUCUGCUCUGGUUUAAAACACAGCUCUGACUGGGGUUUUCUGCUCUGGUUUAUAACACAGCUCUGACUGGUGUUUUCUGCUCUGGUUUAAAACACAGCUCUGACUGGUGUUUUCUGCUCUGGUUUAAAACACAGCUCUGACUGGUGUUUUCUGCUCUGGUUUAAAACACAGCUCUGACUGGUGUUUUCUGCUCUGAUUUAAAACACAUCUCUGACUGCUAUGCACAUGCCUUAACUAACAACCUUGAUGUGUUUGUCACGAUGACGAUGAUGAUGCUAAGAAUAAAAACAUUUGUGUUUACACACCCAUA